AUGGAAUAUUUUGCUUCUGGCAUAGAAUUUUCAGCAGCAAAUGCAAUACUUGCUCAUUACACCAACACUUGGUCUUUAAUUAAUUUGUUUCUGAUGUUUUUAGAAUCUAGAAGCGACUUUUGUAGCAUGGAGAAGACAUAUUUGACUACAAACAAGAUUUGCAAGUGGGACUGUAACAGCUUCGACUUGGAGUUGGAGGGUCACUAUUCAUGUUGUGGCUUAACAUGGCCUCCAAAAUAUUAUACUUGUAGCUUUUGCAAGAGGGAAUUCAAGUCAGCUCAAGCUCUUGGAGGUCAUAUGAAUGUUCAUAGGAAGGACAGAGCCAAGUUGAAAUUGUUAUCUUCAUUGGUUUUAGAAUGUCAGAAGCCUAAAACCUACUCUAAGCUUAACCCUAAUUCUUCACCUUCUAAUUUAAUAUCCUCUCCUUCUGUUAACUUGUCAUUCUGUCCCCAUCAUUCCUUGCUUCCUCCAUUGCUCACUAGUCCUUCGUCUUCACUACUACCUUACGGGGAAAACCGUAUAAAGCCUUUGAGCCCUCAACUUGGAGAUUUGUCAAAAGAGAAGACGAUGGCACCUUUUCUUGGGGUUGAAAAAUUGAAGCAGCAUGCACAAAAAUAUGAAGUUGAUGUUGCUGACUUGGAGAGAGGGUUCAAAGAUUCAAAGGAGGUUUUAGAUUUGGAGCUUCGACUCGGGUAUUUUUAAGUACUGCAAUAUAUUUCUAGUUCCAAAGAGUAUUGCGGCUUUAAUUUUAUGUAUCUUCUUUCAUUAUCUAGGUUGCAUUUUGAUUUUUUUUUUU